AUAUUAUUCCUAAUAUUGAUGUAAGCUGGUUAAAAGCUAAAGAUGUUAAUUUAAAAAAUAUUUUAACUUCUAAUGCUAUUGCUAAGCUACAACAAAAAUUGUAUAGUGUAAAAAUAUUUAAGCAUAGCUAG